AUGCCAGUUGCCGUACUUCCUAAGCCUUCAGGACGAGUGAAGCGUGUAAUCAAUCCUGUGGGGGUAAUGCGGCUGAUCCAGCGCUGUGGAGCCAAGAUUGUCAAGCUGCAGGUCGGGGCCGCUGAGGAGACCGCGGUAACGAGCAACGCAGAGCAAGAAGCGCUUCAGAUCUGUGAUGUUCGUAUGCCUUUGAUGAAGAAGAAGGCCAAGCGGCGCGCUUUGCAGUCCCUGAAGGUCGGCGCAGAGAGGUCUGGGACCAUCGUGGAGGUCUCCCUGAAUGAUGGCCUGCGAGUGGACAUUGGCGCCGCGGUUGACGUUCUGGUACCUCUAUCGAUCCAGGGCCGGGAAGAUGCGCCGGGGAAGGUUGCAGAGAAGUACCCGCUGAAGAAGAAACUCGUGGUGACGAUCGAGGAAGUCUCCACAGAUCCUGCUCGAAGAUUUCCCGUGAUUGCCAGCGUGAAGAAGGAGCCAUUGCAGUCGCUAGAGCAAGCCCAGACUGCUCUGCGGCCGCAUGGUGGGGCAUCUGAUAGAUCUCGCAGCGAAGGGGUGGAGCUCUCGAGGCUGGAUGAUUGGCAACCGGCAGGCCCAGUAGAAGUUCGAGAGGAGCUCGAGGAGCUUCCAUUGCGACCACCGCCAGAAGUGGUGCGGAGUCUGGGGCGAAACCGGCAGCUCCAGGAUGUCGAG